CGGCGGCGGGCGACGGGCGCCAUCUUGGUCGGCGGCGCGGAUUGAAUGAGCCCGCCGAGCCGCGGCCGCCGUUCCGAGCAGCGCGGACCCCGAACGGCUGCUGCCGCCGCCGCCAUGGCCACGCCGCAGGCCGGCCGCGCGGGCGGGCCCUCCACGCCGCUGUCGCCCACGCGCCUGUCGCGGCUGCAGGAGAAGGAGGAGCUGCGCGAGCUCAAUGACCGCCUGGCGCACUACAUCGACCGCGUCCGCGCGCUGGAGCUGGAGAACGACCGGCUGCAGCUCAAGAUCUCCGAACGGGAGGAGGUGACCACGCGCGAGGUGAGCGGCAUCAAGACAUUGUACGAGGCGGAGCUGGCCGACGCCCGCCGGGUGCUGGAUGAGACGGCCCGGGACCGUGCCUGCCUGCAGAUUGAAAUGGGCAAGCUGAGGGCCGACCUGGAGGAGGCCACCAAGAGCGCCAAGAAGAAGGAGGGCGAGCUCACAGUGGCCCAGGGCCGCGUCAGGGACCUGGAGUCCGUGUUCCACCGAAGCGAGGCUGAGCUAGCGGCCGCACUCAGCGACAAGCGCACCCUGGAGAACGAUGUGGCAGAGCUGCGGGCCCAGCUGGCUAAGGCAGAGGAUGGGCACGCGGUGGCUAAGAAGCAGCUGGAGAAGGAGACACUGAUGCGCGUGGACCUGGAGAACCGCUGCCAGAGCCUGCAGGAGGAGCUGGCCUUCCGCAAGGAUGUCUUUGAGGAGGAAGUGCGUGAGACGCGGCGGCGGCACGAGCGCCGCCUGGUGGAGGUGGACAGCAGCCGGCAGCAGGAGUAUGACUUCAAGAUGGCCCAGGCGCUGGAGGAGCUGCGCGCCCAGCACGACGAGCAAGUGCGGCUGUACCGUCUGGAGCUGGAGCAGACCUACCAAGCCAAGCUGGACAACGCCAAGCUGAGCUCCGACCAGAACGACAAGGCUGCCAGCGCCGCCCGGGAAGAGCUGAAGGAGGCCCGCAUGCGGGUCGAAUCCCUCAGCUACCAGCUCUCCGGCCUCCAGAAGCAGGCGAGCGCGGCCGAGGACCGGAUCCGUGAACUAGAGGAGACUGUGGCUGGGGAGCGGGACAAGUUCCGGAAGAUGCUGGACGCCAAAGAGCGAGAGAUGAUGGAGAUGCGGGACAUGAUGCAGCAGCAGCUGGCCGAGUACCAGGAGCUGCUGGACGUCAAGCUGGCCUUGGACAUGGAGAUUAGCGCCUACCGAAAGCUGCUGGAGGGCGAGGAGGAGAGGCUGAAGCUGUCCCCCAGCCCAUCGUCGCGGAUCACCAUCUCACGGGCCACAAUGAGCAGCAGCGGCAGCAGCGUGUCCACACCCGGGCGCCCGGGCCGCAGCAAGCGGAAGCGGCUGGAGGUGGAGGAGCCUCCGGGCACGGGCUCCAGUGGCCUUGGCUCCAGCAGCGGUACCAGCAGCAGCGGCAGCUUCCACCUGGCGCAGCAGGCCUCGGCCUCAGGCAGCGUCAGCAUCGAGGAGAUCGAUCUGGAGGGCAGGUUCGUGCGACUGAAGAACAGCUCUGACAAGGAUCAGUCUCUGGGCAACUGGAGGAUCAAGAGGCAGGUCCUAGAAGGGGAGGAGAUUUCCUACAAGUUCACCCCCAAGUAUGUGCUGCGGGCUGGCCAGACUGUCACGGUGUGGGCAGCUGGAGCUGGGGUGGCUCACAGCCCCCCAUCCACACUCGUGUGGAAAAGCCAGAACAGCUGGGGCACCGGUGAGAGCUUCCGGACCACCCUGGUCAAUGCUGAUGGGGAGGAAGUGGCCAUGAGAACCGUGAAGCAGUCUUCGGUGGUGCGGGAGACCGAGAAUGGGGAGGAGGGCGAGGACGAGGCAGCUGAGUUUGGAGAGGAGGAUCUUUUCCACCAGCAGGGGGACCCGAGGACCACCUCUCGAGGCUGCCGCGUCAUGUGAACCGAACACGCCUCAUCACAUGUCUUUCUUUACCCAGAGCCACUGAAAACUAUUUUUAUAUCAUUGGCUUCUUUAAUCCUUGGUACAUUUCUAGAGAAUUUUUAAGCAAACUGCCAGAGCAUGGGGGUGGGUCUCUACUGAUCUUUCCUGUCAGUGGGUUUCCUGGGACCCUUCACCACUGACCAGACUGUGUGGGUGCCCUGACCACCAGCCCAGGAGCCUAGUGGCUAGCAGACUUUGGGGAGUCCAGCAGGGGUGGGAGGAGGCCCAUCAGCUGCGUGGGUCUCUGCUGCAGCCUGGAGUCGGGGCAGGAGAGGAGGCCUGGGGUGGACAGAGUGAAACUGCAUAAGGAUCCCAUAGUUUGUUUCAUUUAAGCUUUCAAAAAAAACAAAUUCAGAAUCCAGCUUCUGACCUGGUGGGGAGGAGGGGCACCCCUGCAGAGUUUCCGUGGCUCAGCCAACUGAGCACCGGAAGGAGGGCUGGAAGCAGCUUGUACUGUCAGACCUGGGCUUCGGGCGGUUUCUGCUCGGCCCUUGGGAGUCGGGUGUGUGGGGCGGGCCGCUUGGCUCCCUCUCUGGCUGCCGGAGCCUCACAUUUCUGGACCUUUCUGCAGUCAACUUCCUCACCCUGUGGGACAGGCAAGAAGGAAGCUUGGGACCUGGGGACGAUUCCUCUCUGAGACUUACCUCCAGGUCAGUGUCAAAGGGAUGAGUGUGACAACCUUGGACAUGAUGGCCAUGUGCGACACCGCUUUCUGCCCUCCAGUCGGCGGAGGGCGACGAGGGCGAGCCGUGGGACUCCGUGGCUCCAGCUCUGUGCCUUGCGCACAGGGCACGCCCACUCCUGUGUUCUUGGGUGCACACUGAUACACUAGUUCCUCUGUAGCUUCCUGCUGAAACGAGGUUUCUUAGACAGACCUGCCCGUGCCAGCGGACCUCUGUGGGAUGCUCCAUGCCACAGCUCAGCUUUUGAUCACCCAGAGACCCCCCUCCCUGCAUCAGUUCACCUUUGACCCGCGCCACGUAGAUACACAGAAGUUAUUUUUUUAAUGGAUAUUUAUUUUUUUACAUUGGUCAGUACACAGGUUGCCAGGCUCCCACCUCAGGGGCUCACUCAAGGGUCACUGGGACAGUCCCACAGUGGGGGUGGCAUCAGGGGGCUCUGUCCCUGUGGGCUUUGCACCCUUGGCUGACUCUUCAGAAAGCGCAGCUCAAGUCUUAAAGACGCAAUACUGAGCCAUGGAGGCGGGCUGGCCCCUGAAGGCAGCGUGCUUCCAGGUAGGCUGAGUGCCAGCCCCUCGGAAUUUACCCAAGGCUGGAGCAGCCCAUCCACCUCCUUUCUGUGGGAACUGCUCAUGGUGAGGAAGGCCCAAGCCCCAGAACAGAAAAGUGUCAGCCACUGGGAAAACCAAGCUGCUACCAGGUCAGAAUCUUCCUGCAGGCCAAGGCUUUAAGUCUGGGCAUCUUUCCUUGGCCACCAGAGUCCUUGGCCCGAGGGCUGUGCUUGCCCUGUGGAGGGAGGUGGCCUCUCCAGAAAAAUGGUGCCGCCCCUGAGAAGCGUCCUGUCCUGACAGCACCUUCUCUGUACCCGCCUCCCUCACCCCUACCCCCCUCCAGGAGUGCCUCCGGGUGCAGGCUGCUCCCUUCCCCUGGCAUAACAGGAGCUGAGUGGACCAUGAGGGUCUGGAGAGCAUGAUGGGGUCUGGGUGGUCCCGGGACAAGUGGAAACUGCACUAGUCUCGGCCACACCCUUCAGGGUGUUUUGGAAAUCUCUGGGGAUCGAAGCUGUGUCCUGGAAUUCCGGGUGUGAAGCAGGAAGGCUGGGCUGGAGGACUUCAGGAAGGAAAGGAGAGGGCCCCUCCCUCCCGGCAGGCCCAGAGGGCCUGAAAAACAGCCCCAGGGUUUGCCCAGUGCUUGCAGAACCCCCAGGCUCAUUAGAUGACUUCUUGAUUUCAGCCAGGUCUUGGUCUCAUCCCUGCCCAGUGAUUGCCUGGCUGAGGUCUUGAGUGGAGCCGGGGAAGUGGCCCUGGCAGGCUGGGAUGCCCUUGACUGGUGAGGGGAGGGUCCGCUGGACCGGUGGCCAGUUGUGGCUGGAUGUUGGUGACAGUCUUUGGUAAUCAAGUAGUUGGAAACACAGGACAAAGUCCAAUGUUACAAGGUCAGCCUUGGCCUGAAAAACAGAAUUUGCACUUGUUCUUAAACGUGCUUAACUUUAAGCCACUUGAAAUGAUGCAGAAGCGAUUUUUUUCUGAGCCGGUGUCAUGUGAGGAGAAACAACCACUCGGCCCAGCCCUCGGAAGGGACCCAGUGCCCGGGAGACACGGACGCCUUUUCCCCCGUGGUCUGGGCUCAGUUUUCAUCACAGCCAGGCUCUGACCUGGGCUUGUUUUUACCACACCGUCUACCCAGCAGUUCUAUUUAUAUCAGCACAUCCGAGCGGGGACUGCCAUUCCUCAAGGACAUUAACGCUAUUGGAAAGGUCUUAAUUCCGAGCCCAAAAGGGUCAUCAGCACUACACGCCAGGGGACUCAGUUUCAGCAACCGGCUGUCUAGACACAUUUCGGAUGGUGAUUUUUAAGAUGCAUGCCAAACGUGUGAUCUUUUGUUUCCUCCAAUGAUUUGUAAACUACGUUUUAAGACUGGAAACUUUUUUGUACAACAUCCAAUAAAACAUUUUGGUUUUAAA